AUGUACGCGUCAACGUUGCGGAGCGGACAGUUGUCGUGGGAGAGCGCGUGUAACCGGCGCGUGUGUCCGCAGGUGGCGGUCGGCGAGCCCGGCGAAGCGGCGUCGCCGUCGCCGGUGCCGUCGCGGGCCUCCUCGGCCGGCUCGCUCCUGCCGGACGCGGCAAUGUACGCAGCGCAGAUGUUCGCGCCGCCAGGCACCCCUAGUCCGACGCCCUAUGGCGACCAAUAUUCCCGCCAACCGGCAACCUUCACCGGGGAGCCAUACUAUCGAGAGUAUUUUGUGGGAGAUGGCUACCAGCAGCGAAGUGCCCCCCCGUACGCUGACGCGGAGCCGGCCUCUGGCUCAACGUUUGGGGAGCGAUACGCCGCGCCUCGGUACCAUAGCAAAAGCGUGAUAGCGGCUGCUGGGCUCACUGUGGACUUGCCGUCACCAGACAGUGGCAUUGGUGCUGAUGCUGUUACGCCCCGGGACCACACCGCCGUUCAGCAGUCGUUCGAGUACACCGUAAUCUGCCAGCAACCGGGCGUGGGCGAGGACGGGCGCGGCACCCCAUCGGCGCACCACUCGCCCGCGCAGGCACCCCGCACGCGCCCUUGGCACGACUUUGGCCGGCAAAACGACGCCGACAAGAUACAAAUCGCCAAACUGUUCUCGCCGUACGGAUUCAAGUACCACCUCGAGACGGCAAGCAGCAGCUCACAGCGGCGCGAAGACGACCGCAUCACCUACAUCAACAAGGGCCAGUUCUACGGCAUCACGCUGGAGUACAUCCACGACCCGGACAAGCCCCUUAAGAAUCAGACAGUUAAGAGCGUCGUGAUGCUGAUGUUCAGAGAAGAGAAAUCCCCAGAGGACGAGAUCAAGGCGUGGCAGUUUUGGCACGGAAGGCAGCACUCAGUGAAACAGAGGAUACUAGAUGCCGACACGAAGAAUAGCAUCGGUCUAGCAGGAUGCAUCGAAGAGGUUGCACACAACGCAAUCGCAGUUUACUGGAACCCGCUAGAAAGUGCCGCCAAGAUCAACAUUGCCGUCCAGUGUUUGAGUACGGACUUCAGCAGUCAAAAGGGUGUUAAGGGCUUACCGCUUCACAUUCAAAUCGAUACAUUUGAAGAUCCAAGAGACACCCAAGUCUAUCAUAGAGGGUACUGUCAAAUCAAAGUGUUUUGUGACAAGGGCGCUGAAAGAAAAACAAGAGACGAAGAGAGGAGAGCGGCGAAAAGAAAGUUGUCGGCGACAAAUAGGAAAAAGCUCGAUGAAAUAUACCACCCGGUGACGGAGCGUAGUGAAUUCUACUCUAUGGCCGACCUAACGAAACCUCCAGUGCUGUUUAGUCCGGCCGAGGAUAUUGAUAAAUUGGCCGGAAUGGAUAUUCAGGGUUUCUAUGGUCACGACGAGGCAGCCCUGGCCGAAGCUCACCUAAAAGGGGCGUCCCCGUUCCUUUUGCACGCGGCCAAACCCCAAGUGCCCGCGUUGAAAUUCCACAAUCACUUCCCACCCGAUGCACCGGCAUACCGAUCCGACGUCGGCGGCCUGUCACCCUACAGCGAUCGCAAGGACUCGCUCGAGCUGGAGGGUGUGCUGGGCAAGCGCGCGCGCACCAGCACGCCGCCUCUGAGCGAACGAGUGAUGCUUUACGUGCGCCAGGACACGGACGACGUGUACACGCCUCUGCACGUCGCACCGCCCACCACGCAGGGACUGCUGCACGCCAUUGAGAAUAAGUACAAAAUUUCAAGUUCGGCAAUUAAUAAUCUUUAUCGAAAGAACAAGAAAGGGAUUACGGCCAAAAUUGACGAUGAAAUGCUGGCGUACUACUGCAACGAGGACCUGUUCCUGCUUGAGGUGCGGCCGGCGGGCGCGAGCGAGGACGAACCUUUGUACGACAUCACGUUCGUCGAGCUGCCUCUCGACCAC